AUGCAAGACACGGCAGCCACCAGCGCCUAGUCAGCCAUGAUUGUGAUGAGCAUCUGGUGCAGCAGCCUCAGCCUGAGCAGCCGCAGCCUGGCCAUCGCCCUGGUGAUCUGCGUGACUCUGGUCUACUUCUCCUACAGCUUCAACGCCUGCCUCCUGGCCAGCAUCAGUCGCAGCCUGCAGCAGAGCAACUUACGCAACCUACUGGCGCUGACCUCCUCGCCCCGCAACGAGAGCAAUAACGCCGCCAACAGCAGCAACAGCAGCAGCAGCAGCAGGAACAGCUCCACCACCACCGGUGCACCACCGGCGCAGACGGUGACCAGCAGCCUGGAUGGGGCGCCCAAGUAUCAGCUGCUCCGGCAACAGGGCCUCCGACCAUCGCGCCACCUGCCCGACACGCUCAUCAUUGGCGUGAAGAAGAGCGGGACGCGGGCGCUGCUCGAGUUCAUACGCCUGCAUCCGGACGUCCGGGCCGCCGGUUCGGAGGUGCACUUCUUCGACAGGCACUACCAACGGGGACUACGCUGGUACCGCCACCACAUGCCGUACACCAUCGAGGGCCAGAUCACCAUGGAGAAGUCGCCCAGCUACUUCGUCACCAAGGAGGUGCCGCAGCGCGUCUACCACAUGAAUACGGCGACAAAGUUGCUGAUUGUGGUGCGGGAUCCGGUGACGCGGGCCAUCUCCGACUACACGCAGGCGGCGAGCAAGAAGGUGGACAUGAAGCGUUUCGAGCAGCUGGCCUUCGUCAACGGGAGCUACUCGGUGGUGGACACCAACUGGGGGCCGGUGAAGAUCGGCGUCUAUGCCCGCUACCUGGAGCGCUGGCUGCUCUACUUUCCGCUCUCGCAGCUGCUCUUCAUCAGCGGCGAGCGGCUGAUCAUGGAUCCCGCCUACGAGAUUGGACGCGUGCAGGACUUCCUCGGUCUGAAGCGUGUGGUCACCGAGAAGCACUUCUACUUCAAUGCCACCAAGGGCUUCCCCUGCCUCUUCAAGUCGGAGGCCCGCUCCACGCCCCACUGCCUGGGCAAGACCAAGGGUCGCAACCACCCGCACAUAGAUCCCGGGGCCAUCGAGCGACUCCGCGAGUUCUACCGGCCCUUCAACAACAAGUUCUACCAGCUGACGGGCAUCAACUUCGCCUGGCCAUAGGAUCCACGGCUGGCGGGCGUGAAAUGAAUGGAGUAUGAGAAAAUGAGAUAUUGUUGUUGCUGGCCAGGCAACGGACUGAUAUUGUUGAUUGCAUUUUUGAUACAUAUAAUUGUACUUAUAUAUAUAGUAUAUACACACAUAAAAUUAGUGCUCAAUUAAUUGUAGCUUUACCAGGAGACAAUUUCAACAAAGUGCGCCCCUGAAAAGUCCGCACUCAAACAAUACGGUUCCUCACUCCAAUUCAAAUGAAACUCAACUCACAUUUCCCACUAUACUCGAAAAUCAAGCAGUUGGACGCGGAGGAGCCACGUUCGAUCCGAGAUGGACAUGGUUCGCCCGCCCACUGGUACUACCCUACCAGACCUACAUACUUAAGAUCAUUAUGUGCAUUUAUAUACAAAAAUAGUGAAAUAAUAGAGCUUACUACGAAAUUCCUACAGUCUCCUAAACAUAUACAAUAUUGUAUGAAUAGUUCCAAGAAUUUCAAUUGCAUGACUCAACCAAUACGAUUGCUUAGCCAAUUUCAAUUAAAACACAACCCAAAUAAAUCGACCUUAAA